AUGACUGUCCCUUUGGACACACCUAAUUACAAGAGUCCAUUCCUGAGACCAGCUGGAGUCCGACCAAACGCUUAUACCGCUGUGAUCCUGCGACUGUUCUACCAGUAUAAGGUCCGUCUCCUGAAGGCACAAGCUAAACAGAAACACAGGGUGGAAAUGGGAAAGCCUGUUGUAGUCGGACCAAACGUCAAGGACACAAUCGUCCAUAAGAAGCGUGGCCAGAAAGUCUUCCAGUGGCACUUGUCAUCCGAGGAGGAGGAUGCAGGCAACAGCCAGGAAAAUAAUCCUGAAGCGGCCAACCAGGCAAAUCUGGUAAAGCCUUUGAGAAAUGAGCUUGGGCACCUAAACAAAGUCUUUCAGAAUAACACUAGUGUGAAUACAGUGAGAGUAGUGCCUGGAAAUCAACAGGCAGAAGCUAGGCCUGCAGGAUUUAAGCCAAAGGUGGAGUGGACAAGGUCAAACAGUGGGUCUUCGGGUGUCCAGAACAAUGUCAGGACUGCAGGAUCAGUUAGUUUGAAAACCACUGAUGAAGUAUCAAGUUCAAGAACUCUUGUCAUUAAGGUUUCUCCUGUACAGAAGAAAUCAACUGCAGAGUGGCUAAGUAAAUCUGAUAUGACUGGAAAGAGAGAGGCAAGGAGAAGAUUAUCAGGUUCAGAUGAUAGUGAUGCCGAUGUAGAGGUGGUUCCAGGAAACACGACACCCAGGACUCCUUUGACUGCAACAGUGUCACCAAGAAGGUGCACCCCAACAGAAUCUCAGUCCAGCAGUUCCUUAAGGUCUCCGGUAUUUGGUGGGAAGUCCAGUAGGGGGCUUGUGAGACCGUCCAGUGGUGCCCCAAGGCAGGUUGGGCAUUGCUCACCUCGAACUGUGCAGACUAAUAGGGACAAAAUGGAAAGCCCUCAGCCAUCGUCCCCACGGCUCAGGGUAGACAAUGAUGCAAGGACGCAUGCAGCCAUUGUUGCAGAGAGUGCUUCAGGGGUAUCUUCGACAGUGCCUGAUAAUAGUGCAAGACAUUCAAUGUCCAGAGUUGACAAUCAUCGCGAAGCAACUGCCUCUGUAAUGCCUACCUUAAGGACAGGUGCGGAUUCUGUAGCUGAUCAAUCAAGAUCUUGUCCAACGUCCACAAACCAAGCUGAGAGGGGUGGCAACAGUGAUGCAGUUUCUGCAUCCUCAAAACUUGCUUCCAGCUCACUUUAUGGACCAGCUCAUAGCUUUGAGGAAGAAAGACUAGAGCAUUACAAAGCAAAGCGAUUAAGGGAUUCACAUCCAGAGGAAAACGGCAUUGGUGAUGUGGGCAGUAGCAAUGUGAAUAGGCUUGAUGAAUCAAACAAUGCUGAAAGUGAUGGUGAAGAAACUGAUGCACAAGAAAACAAUUCUAGUCUUGAACAGAAUCAAAUGAAUGGUGCUGUGGAAAAUAGCGAAAGGGAACGUUUAACUCCAAGAAUAGAUGACACCGGAGGUGGAAACGACUCAAGGGAGGAGGAGGAUGAGCAUCAUGAGGAACAACCUGAGCACGUUUCAGAAGUACAGAACUCCAAUGAAGCAGCUGUUAGCCUUGGUUCAAAUUCCCCCAUACCCGACAUGGAUGCCAACAUCCUUGAUGAAGGAGGUGGCCAGAGCGACGAAGACCUCGGUGAGGGCGUUGGACCAGCUGGACAAGAUGAAGAAAACAGACAGGAUGACGAUGUCGUCCAGGAUGGUGAUGAGGUUGAAGCAGAAGGUGUGCAGUGUCCUCUCUGUGGGGUCACCUUUGCCAUGACGGUUAUAGAGGUCCACGCAGCAGAAUGCAAUGGACCGGUGGAGAAUGCAGAACCAGCAAGGCCAGAGCCAGUCAGAAGACCUAGACCAUUACCUGCUCCCAGGCCUUCCAGUCCACGCGACCGAAUAGUGGCCAAGAUGGAGAUGCUGGAUAGGACAUCAUCGGAGGACGAGGGGGACAACGAGGGAGACAACGAAGGUGACAACGAUGACGUGAUUGUCUCUGGAGAAGCUCAGGAGGCUCCCAGACCAGUGAGGAAACAAAAUGUCAGAAAACGCACAUUCCCAAGCUCUGAAAAUACAAGCGAUAGCCCUACUUCCAGUGUGGGAAGUAUGAGCCAUUUUGAUAAUGUAGUCAUGGAUAUGGUACGCCGAAACGAGAUUACAGUCACCGGUCCUGGCCCCUCCUCGUCAUCUUCAAGGCAACCAAAUCGCAACCAUCCAUCAUCCAAAAGGGCCAAGUUGCAAUCUAAAACUACCUCCAGCCAUACCACAGAGAGUGAUGACGACGACUCGGACCCUGGAGAAGUUGAGAAGUGCUUCAUCUGCAGCAAGUUUGUCCUAAAGGCCCACUACCGAACACACGUUCAGAAUGAACUGGACUCCAUGGAAGCAUCCAACAACUCCCUGGUCGAAUCCUCCAGUACCCCGUCCAGAAACACCAGACAGUCUGCUGCCCUCGACGAAAACGCUAGUGAUGCAGUCCCCAGUGCGGUAAGCACCUCAACGUCAUCAACCAGAAGGCAGACGUCAUCUACCACCACGGAAUCAUCAACGGCAGGGUUGUCCCUUUCCAGGAGGGGAAACGCUGCUGUACAAGGAACCAGAGCUAAAAAUGCAUUGAAUAUUAAUGGUAGAGAGGCAACGUCAACGUCACACCUGAGAGCGGAGAGAACUACAGUCCUUUCUUCUGAUGAGGAAAGCGGUCCCAACUCACCUAGCGCCCUCGAUGACUUCCUUGUGGACUCUGACGAUGACGACGACGAUGAUGAUGAUGAUGACGAGGACAUUGAUGGUGACGACAGGGUCCUGCGACCGGGAGUUCCCUUCAGUGAUUCCCCCAUCAAAGCCUUCAAAAGCUUGAAGCAGAACCCACCUUGCUUGAUCGAUUUCAAGAAUCAGUUCAAUACCUCAGGAGGGGAAAAGACUCCAAGGAAGUUCACCGGUGGGGGGAAGGGGGGUAAAGGAUCGGGGCGGGGUAGGGGGAGGGGUAAGGGCAAGUGGAAGUCCGGUAAGCGGUGGGGAAAGGGUGGGAAGUCAAGAAAAUGAAAGGGAAAUGAAGUUCUAGGGGCUGUGUUACAAAGAGAACUUUAAUGAGACUUGAAGUCAUGUCUAAGUGCUAGUUAAGGGAGCCAGUCAUAGAGCAAGUUUUGUGAGACUUAAGAAAAGUUGUUUUUUAAGUGCUAGUUAAGUGGGACUAAAGGGCAUGCUUAAGUUCCAAUGUGAUACACCAUAUGAGGAAUAUGAUCACCUCACUUUGUGUUUAAACAGAAGAAUUCAACCAAUUAUUCAGGAUACCAAAAUCCUUGGGUCAAACGGAGCUUUCACUUAAACAAAACCUGCCAUAAAAUUCAGUAUUGGUAUAUGGUUGCAUUUACAAGACAUAUUUGACCUGUGAAAAGGGCUUAAUUUUCUUGUAAUUCCGUUACCAUGGGUACAUACCACAGUAGAAUGGAAAAAAUUAAAAAGAUUGUUGGAGUGGAACAGUUCAGAGGCCUGUGUCAUAAAGACUUACAAUUAUGGUAACUUUGGCAUUAUUGUAAUUACCAUGGAAACAUUAAUUGUGAGUGAGCCCUUUUACCAUAGUAGUUGCAAUCAUAGCAAAGUUACCAUAGUAAUUCUCUGAUACAGGACCCCAGGUGUUAUCGAAAAGAAUAUUUUUCUGGCAUUAAAGUGAUAAGAAUUAAAGCUAGACACAGAACAGUGAAAAGUAGGAAGUUCAAAAUAAAGCCAAACUUUGAACUUGGGUAAUGAGUAGUGGAAGUGGUUAUGGACACAGUUAUAAUGAAUGGAUAAAAAUGUGCACAAAAAAAUGUGUUUCCGUACGUUGUUGCUAUGAAGCAAAUUAUAUGUUUUUUCAUGUUUAUUUUUCACACACAUUCCACCGUUAUUUUGAUAUCACUUGCUUCUGAAAAAUGAACUUACAUUACAGUUGCAUGCAAAUAUAAUUUCAACUCCUUGCAUUUUGAACAUAAUUCCAUAGCCUGCUCUUUUGUGCGAAGAUAGCAAUUUUUGAUGGAUAAAUUAUAAUGAAUUAUAGGUACAAAAAAUAUAUAUACUUUUGCUCUGGUAUUGAAUGAUCACAUUACAGUACACAUUGCACUUUGUAACAGCUGGAAUACCUGAAUUUACUAGUAUUUGUUGCCUGGUUAAACACCAGAUUUUCUUUUGGGCAUUUCUUAGGUGAAAAGCCUUGUAAAGUAUGAAUGAUAAGUUUGAGGUCAUUUUGGAAAGUAAUGAAUAUUCAAGAGCUUACCUUACCUUGUGUCUUAUGAGAUGAGAAAGAAUUUGAUAUGGUAAUUGCUAUUAUGAAUUACUUAUUUCAUUUUUACUUUUAGCUCUGUCUUUCUUUGUUCUGUCUGUCUUACUUUCUUUCACUUUAUAGACUCCUUUCUCUCUCUCUCUCACUGAGUCUUCCCUUUUCUUUCCCCCCACCCUCCCUCUUUCAUUCUUUUUUCUUCCCCUCUUAUAUUGUUUUUGCUUUUCCUUUUGUUUCAUUAUUUUUUCUUCCCCUUUCUCUCUGUUCCCUUUUCUGACAUUCUUUUCUUCCCCUCUCUCUUUUUCUCUCUCUCUAUCUUCCCUUUUUUUUCUUUCCCUAUCUCACUAUCCUCUAUUUCUAUCUUGUAUUAUUUUAUUGGUCCCCCUUUCCAUUUUUCAAUCUACCCCACCCCUUUCUCUCUCCCUUUGCCCUUCUCUAACUCUUGAAUGUUCUUAUUCUAUCCCACAUAAUAUAUGCCAAACUGAAUGUGUAUCUCAUAUGUACUUUAAUGAAUCAACUCAUUGCCAGAAACCGUAACAAUGGACAUGUUUGUUGUGAGUUUUACAGUUAAGUACCAACAGGUGGAUUUACACACACACAAAAAAGCAAGUAUUGCAAAUUGUAAUUACUAAUGACCAAACAGGAAAACCGACAUCAUUUUAAAGAUAUCCUCAUCUACCAGGAGAUAACAUGAUUUGUGCAUACUACUAAUUUUGUUUGCUGACAAUCAAAUCAUCUUGUUAAAAUAAUAUUACAAAAAUGUCAGUUGGAGUAACUUCUACUCUUUGCUUAAAAAUAAGGAUGGGGGGAGGGUAAUAUACACGAAGUGGUUCAUUGCGCAGGAGUUAAAGAAUGAAAAAGAAUUGAUGUGUAAAACAGCCAUUCCCUACUCCCCCCUUGUUCUUUUUCAGAUCGGGAUGAAUAUAUUAUGGUGCAUGCACUCUUCAACUUACUGGUAUACUGUAUACAGACAUGAAACUAUUUUGAUAUUUACAAUGUACCUUAACACAGACUGUAUAUACAGAUUUGAGCCUGAAGAAAAGAUAAAUUUAUACGGACUUAUAAGAGAAAUUGACAUUAAAUUGCUUUCUUUCCUUGCUUUGUGCAAGUGACAUUUGUAAGUUGCUUCUGCAGUUAGAAUGUACACCCAAUCCAUGGUGUAAGUGUAAACAACUCUGGAUUGGUGUAUACCAUUUCAUUCUGCUCUAUAUACUGCAAAAUUGCUGGUGUUAACUUUACACCAAUGUGGUAUCUAGGAAAACACCAGAGAAGUAACACAACCAGUUUAGAAUCAAACCAAUGUUUAUAACACUGACUGGUGUUUAAGUAUCUGGUGUUAGUCCAAAGCCAAACUGGCAGGGGUUGUAAUGAGUCACUAAAUUUUGAGUCGAGUCCAGUCAUUUAACGGUUCAGGUUGAGUCGAGUCACUGUACAAAUGCCAACUGAAGGAGUCGUGGAAUACUGCUCGAGCCUCCUACCAGUGAUUGAGUCAUUUGAUUACAACCUUGCAAACUGGUGUCUUUCAUCACUUCUUUGGCGUUUCCUAGAUAUUUAAAGGUCAAGUCCACCCCAGGAAAAUGCUGACUUGAAUAAAUAGAGAAAAAUCAAACUAGCAUAGUGCUGAAAAUUUCAUCAAAAUUGGAUGUAAAAUAUGAAAGCUAUGACAUUUUAAAGUUUCGCUUAGUUUUCACAAAACAGUGAUAUGCACAACUAGGUGAGUCAGUCGAUGAUGUCCAUCACUCAAUAUUUCUUUUGUUUUUUAUUGUUUGAAUUAUACAAUAUUUCAUUUUUUAUAGAUUUGACAAUAAGGACCAACUUGACUGAACCAUAUGGGUUUAAACAAUGCUAAUUCCACAUGUUCAUGGAUGAAUUAAUUGUUGUAUCACUUGACAAUGAGGAGAAAAUAAGAAUAUUUCAUAUAAUAAAAUACAAAAGAAAUAGUGAGUGGAUGACGUCAUAGUCUCCUCAUUUGCAUACCAGCCAGGACGUGCAUAUAACUGUUUUGUGAAAUUAAGCGAAACUUUAAAACGUCAUAACUUUCUUAUUUUACAUCCGAUUUUGAUGUAAUUUUCAGUGUUAAGCUUGUUGGAUUUUUCUCUUUUUCUUCAAAUCAACUUUUUGUUGGGGUUGACUUGUCCUUUAAAUAACACGAGUUUUGCAGUGUGGAAAUUCAUGAAGAAGAAGAGAUUAUAUGAUGUGCCUGUACUUGUUUAUCUCUGUAAAAGAUUUUGUUUUGUUUUGUUUUUUUUGUCGGAGAGAAGAGAUUUUCAUAUGCUGAAAGAUAUUCAGAUAUGUCAUGACAAAUUUGUGUCAGAUGUUCACUAAAUUUGAAUUAUUCAAGAUA